GUUUAGAUUACUGUUAUGAUAAAAACAAAAGAACAUUUGAAAUGGGGGAAGGAAUUGUUUAGAGGAUAAGAAGGACACGAAAUCUAUGAUUCCCUUUCUCCUUUGAAGGAAAACUACCACUGAAUUGAUGCGAGUUAAACAGAGGGACGGAGAGUCUCUAAAGAACUACAUGAGCAGGUUCAAUGAUGCGGUGUUGGAGGUUAGUUCCUUCGACCAAGAUGUGGGUAUUGCAGCUGUAAUUUCUGGUCUCAAGCAUGACAGGUUCAGAGACAGUUUGAUCAAACAUGCUGCCACCACCUUCAGCGAGGUGAAUGAUAAGUCUCUCAAAUUUAUAACUGCUGAGGAAUACGACUUGGCACAAAACCCACAUUCCUCUAAGAACCAGAACCCAGAAUGGAGAGAUGACAAUCCGAGCCGAAAAAGGAUGAGGAUGGCGCAGAACCGAGGUCCGAUGUUGACCUCCCCAACGAGAUUCGGAAGGACGAACUCAGCUCCCCCGCAACAACCUGCAGGUAAACCUCCAGUUAAUUGGACUCCCUUUAAUCUGCCGAGGUCACAAAUUUUUAUGCAGAUCAAAAAUAAGAUGGACUUGAGACGUCCUGGCCCAAUGCGAACUACUGCUGCUAGUCGAGACCAUACCAGAUAUUGUGAUUUUCACCAAGAUCACGGCCAUACUACAGAGCAGUGUAACAGUCUAAAGUCCGAGCUGGAAAGUUUAGCUCAGAAGGGAAUGCUGAAUGAGUAUGUACAGCGAGCUGAACAGCCAAGGUUUGUUAGAGAACAGAGGCCGCAGCCUCAAGGAGCCCACAAUCCCCCAAAUAAGCAAGGUGUGGGAUAUCAACAAACCCCACCUCCACUCCCACCACCUGCUAGAAUCAUACAUAUGAUUACGGGAGGCCUUGAAGCAGGUGGACUGAGCUCUAAGCAGCGAAAGCUGUAUGUCAGGGAGGUUAAACAUCAAAACCGAGCUCAGAAGCAGAAGAUUGACGAUGCUGAAUGGAAGAAUCAACCAAUUACUUUCACAUCUGCUGAUCUUGAUACAGUUGUUACACCCCACAAUGAUCCUUUGGUCACUUCUGUCAUGAUUAACAACUGUGAAAAGUAUGAUGGUCCUAUCUAUGGUUUCAACAACCAGCCUGUUCUGGUAGAAGGUGUUCUUACUCUCCAUGUGGCUUUUGGAAGUGGCAGAACCUAUGUAACCCCGUCGAUCCGGUUCCUAGUUGUCAAAAUGGCGUCCUCUUUCAACAUUGUUAUUGGUCGACCCACAUUGACCGAAAUCCGAGCUGUGGUUUCCCAAUCUCACCUCUGCAUGAAAUUCCCCACUCCAAUGGGAAUAGCAACAUUGCGGGGAAACCAGGAGGUGGCCAGAUACUGUUAUAUCACCUCGGUAACACAACCCAUGAAGGACAAAGCUCAGACUCCCGAAGCCAUUCCCCAGCAAAUUUCUGAUAAUCAGCAAGUUAUGGGUGUUGAGAUCGUAGAUAAUCGAUCAGAAGAUGAAACCAGAGCUGCUCUGGUCGAAGAUGUUGAAGAAGUGCUCGUUGAUGACAGAGAUCCGAGCCGAAAAACGCAAAUCGGAACUAGAUUGAACUCGGAGGAGAGAGCAGAACUGAUAGCUUUUCUCCGAGCUAACAAUGAUGUAUUUGCGUGGACUUCGACAGAUAUGCCAGGAAUUCCAACUUCACUCCUCCUCUGGCUCGAGAUACUUGUCAUCUCCUUCGUGAUGUCCAUGGUAGUCCUGAAGCUCGGCGUUCUGCUCUGGUGGAGGCCUCGGAGAAUUGAAGACCAUUUCUCCAAGCAAGGUAUCAGAGGCCCCCCUUAUCAUUUCUUCAUUGGAAAUGUCAAGGAGCUUGCUGGGAUGAUGCUUAACGCCUCCUCUCAACCCAUGCCUAAUUUCUCUCACAACAUUCUUCCUAGAGUCCUCACUUUCUACCAUCAUUGGAAGAAAUUAUAUGGUAACACAUUCCUAUUUUGGUUGGGACCCACCGUCCGGCUGACGGUCUCCGACCCCGACCUCGUCCGGGAUGUCUUCAUCACAAAGGCAGAAUUCUACGAGAAAAUCGAAGCUCACCCACUUAUCAAGCAGCUUGAAGGUGACGGUCUCAUCAGCCUCAAGGGUGAAAAAUGGGCUCAUCAUAGGAAAAUCAUUACGCCUACCUUCCAUAUGGAAAAUCUCAAACUCUUGGUUCCUGCGGUGGCUAACAGCGUCACCAACAUGUUGGACAAAUGGUCGGCAAUGUCAACCUCCGGCGAGGCUGAAAUCGAAGUUUCCGACUGGUUCCAAGCACUCACUGAGGAAGUCGUAACCCGCGCCGCCUUUGGCAUUAGCUAUGAAGAUGGGAAGACAAUUUUCCGUCUACAAGCCCAACAAAUGCUACUCGUCGUGGAGGCAUUUCAAACAGUUUUCAUCCCCGGCUAUAGAUUUUUUCCAACAAAAAGAAACAUAAAAUUUAGGAAGCUGAGCAGGGAAAUUAGAACAUCGUUGACCAAGUUGAUUGAAUCGAGGAAACUGAAUUCUGGCAACACGAUGCCGGAGGAAGGAGCUAAGGAUUUGCUGGAAUUGAUGAUUGAGGCAUCAAAUUCGUCCCCAAAUGUUACCGUCGAUGACAUAAUUGAAGAGUGUAAGACCUUCUUCUUUGCUGGCAAACACACCACAUACAACUUGCUGACCUGGACAACCAUUCUUCUAGCAAUGCACCCACAGUGGCAGGUGCUAGCACGUGAGGAGAUCUUCAAGGUUUGUGGAUCACGUGACAUACCCACCAAAGAUGAUAUUGUAAAGCUUAAAACGCUGAGUAUGGUUCUCAAUGAGUCCCUGCGCUUGUACCCGCCAGUAGUAGCCACAAUCAGACGGACAAAAGUGGACGCAGAGUUAGGUGGUUACAUGAUCCCUCGUGGGACCGAGCUCUUAAUACCAAUCCUAGCCAUCCAUCAUGAUCAAGCUAUAUGGGGAAAUGAUGCUAAUGAGUUCAACCCGGGUCGGUUCUCGGAGGGCGUGACACGGGCCGCCAAGCACCCGGUCGGGUUCAUUCCCUUCGGCCUCGGCCACCGGAUGUGCGUCGGACGAAACCUAGCCGUUUUAGAAGCGAAGCUAACUCUUGCUAUCAUACUCCAAAGGUUCUCAUUUAGAUUGGCCCCCACAUAUCAGCAUGCACCAACGGUCCAGAUGAUGCUUUACCCACAACAUGGUGCACCCAUUAUCUUUCAACCCUUAUCCCAACGGUCUAAUCCUACCGUUCCUCAAGAUAAACGGUCCUGAUCCUUUUCCUUUGUGUGUGUUACAUUUUAGAGUGACCGAAAUACCCUCCAAUUGUGGCCUUUUCAUCUCAAGAUCAUAGGAAAUCAAAUCCCUACCCCUCGGGAAUUAUUUUCCCAGGAAUCAAACAGUGCCCUUACCAUAUAUUCCCUCAUUUCCUCCUACAGUACACAGCAGAAAUGGCUAACAUCCAGGUAGUCAGCCGUAUGUAAUGUGUACAUUGUGCAAAACGGUUUUGUAAUACCAUCAUCAUCAUCACCGUGCAUUCAUGAAAUUGGUUGUUGUUACUAUUAUUAUUAUUUUAAAAUCACUUGUCUGUUCUUGCUGUCCUCCUCUCUCUCUCUUUCUCUCUAUUUUCUUUUUGUCUGGAUUCAGGGUAAGUCAAUCCAUUGUCCACAUUGUACUUUCCUUCUCUCUCGUCGAGUUGGAUAAAAAUUUAAAAAAGAU